CCCUGCACUAUUGACACAGUGCAGCCACGAGUUGGGCCGGGACACACGGCAAGGUACAUGUUUAGCAUGUAAAUUGUUCGGCAUUCACAUCCCCGCCACGAUCAUUGGUACGUUACACCACUUUCCCACAGCCGGAGCAUACAUAUAAAUGACAAUGCGUGCUACGGGUUCAAGAACGUGCGACAGCCGGACUAUAAUGAAGUUACAGGGAAACAACGUAGGUCUGAUAAAGGAAUGCAGUGCAAACGAUGAGCCAUGAUCAUGGCAGUGACGGGAUCAAUGUUACCCAGUUGUUUCAAGACAAGACAGGCCUGUCUAUGGUGUUUCUCGUCAAACUGUUCAAGUAAAAUCUCACAUGAUACCUUCAAAGCAGUUGGUUCACCUGAUCGUCAAGAAUGUGUUUUAAACAGACCCAUCGUAUGAUUCAGCUGGACAUGAUUUCUUAAUGGUCUCCUGAAACCUAAACCUCAAGAAACGGCUUGUGCACAUAAGGGCAUAAAUUUACAUGCCAGAGAAAUGCAUUUUCAGAAGUGGAUAUAUCUGCAUUCCAUUACGGGGAUGUGAAAAACAAUGAGGUUUAGGGUCCUGGAACAGUGAGCCCUGUACAGCCGUGUGUCUGAUUAUGAUAUGCUAAGCUGCAUGUAAAAUAGUAAGUGGCAUUGUCAUAGAUACAUCAGAGGGUGCAUCGUAAGUGUCGUUGCCAUGGAUACAUCAGAGGGUGAAUAGUUGGUGUCGUUGCCAUGGAUACAUCAGAGGGCGAAUAGUUAGUGUCGUUGCCAUGGAUACAUCAGAGGGUAAAUAGUUAUUGUCGUUGCCAUGGAAACAUCGGAGGGUGCAUAGUAAGUGUCGUUGCCAUGGAUACACCGGAGGAUGCCAAAUCUGAAGCACAAAUGGAUGUUGGAGAUAAAUCAUCAGCAUGUGCAGACAAACUUCAGCUUCUUACACUUCGAACUCAUGACAUGGGACUGAACACAGAGAACAGAUGUAAGUCACACAAAAACGAAAAGAAGCCCAAACGACCCAGCCUCAACGAAUGGAACGAGUUGACCAAAUUCAUAAAAAUCCGUGGCUUUGAAAACGUACGGGAUUGGUUCGAGACUCGGGGUUUAGGUUCAAACGCCAGAGAAUUCUGGGAUAUAAAUGCCCAUUGGCCUCUUCAAACUGCCGCAAAAACUGGAUGUGUUGCCAUUCUGGAUGCUCUGCUGGAGUACGGGUUUGAUGCUUCGGGGUUUUUCUUUGGGGACGGUCUUGUUAAGUGUGCUGCAACAAAUGGCCACGUAGAAAUGAUAAGGAGAUUGAGUCAGCUUGGUCUUCCUUUAACGUCAAACGACGACUAUGGGUUCACGCACUUACACUACGCCGCAAAGAGUAGUGGUGAUAAUUCCCUUGCGAUAAAGUAUCUGAAGCAGAGAGGAAUUGAUCCCAACUCCAAGAACUGUUUCGGUGAGACUGCGCUCCAUAUAGCUUCCUCGGAUGGAUCAGUUCACAACGUGCGUGCUUUAAUAGAUGCUGGAGCUUCCGUGAACAUCAGAACUUGUAGAGGCGUAUCUCCUCUUUAUAAUGCAAUACACAGAGAUGAUGGCGUUCUCGAACACGUGAUGACCCUUCUUGAAGCAGGUGCUGUCUCCCUCUGGACAAAGAGCAAAAACUGUGAGUUCCUUGCAGCCAGUAGACUUAGGAACAUGACUGUAAUUUCGUUACUCGUGUCCAAGAACUUCUAUAUGACCGGAGAGGGUUGUGUUCUGGCGGAGACUCCAUUGUAUAACCUGGCCAUGAUGUCCUGCUCGGAUAGGGAACUGGCCAUUGAUAUCACAAUCACAGGCGGUUAUGAUAUCAAGCCCGAUUUAGCUUGGAUAAUGGACGAUAGACACUAUAACGGAUUUGUUGAGAAGGAAGCCCUCAGGAGGCAGUUAUUAUUUUAUGCAACUAACCCACUGACGCUGGCGCAGUUGAGUUGUGUGGUGAUACGGAAGGUGUUGGGUCCAUCACUGCCGUCCACGUUACCCUCUCUACCUAUACCGGAAAGACUAAAGGAUCGCAUAAGAAUCCAAUGAUAUCAUGUACAGCUGUGGGCCUACCGAUAAUUUGUAACCGCCCAAUCAGCAAUAGGCCAAUAGACGGUAGUCGGUAUAUAGUCGAAUCGAGCCAGACAAUCCAGUGAUUGAAAUCAUGAGCAUCUACGUAAAUGGGAUACGAAGACAUCAAUCAGCCAUCUCAGAGAGCCUGACCACCAAAUCCCGUUAGUCGCCUGUUUGGUUGCUGUGCUGCUGAAGACCAAUUCCAAGUUCUACACAAAGGACCAUCUUGGUGAUUCCCAUGGCCACUGGUUUGGUGCUAGCCUACCGAGGAUCAUGUUCAGGGCGAAUGACGGCGCCUUAGAAUAUUCGACAAUCCGUAUGCUUGACUGCCGAAAUUACACUGCCUAGGUUAACUGGAACCUCAAUAAUGUGGCCUUGUUAUUCUACAGGCCUUGACCAAAGUGCCGUGACAUUCACAAGACUCGCAUCUCUCCACAACCUUCGGAAUGACACAAGUGAUCGCGAAUACUGAUACUGGUAAUAACUAUGUGAUAAAUCACCCAUGUGUCCGCUACCAUGUUAUUAUUGUCUUACAAGAAUGAACUGUUAAUAAUGAUCGAUGUAUAGUAAUAACCAAGCCAUUUCGGAGAACAUUUCUCCAUCGAAAACUGUAUAAUAUGUAUUUGUUAAAGGCUUUUCCACAAUAUAUUUUAUCAAUUAUUCAAUAGGAAUUGCUUACAUUUAUAUGUUGAUUUGUACUUGUUAUUCCUGGUAUGUGCAUUACACCACCCAAUAUGUCUUGUAGUGCCAUUGAAUCAGUGCCAUACAUAAUUCUUCGAUGCUGGCGAUGUUGCAAAUUGUUGUACACUGUGUUGGUAGUGGUAUAUGUAAGUCUUCAGUUGUUAUGUAAAUACCGUUACAUUUAUCUGAAACAAUUUCCAAAUGAUUUGUUUGUUUUUACCUAUACGUUACUGCUGACAUGUCUUUAGUAAACAUCUGUUUGUUAAAUAUGCCAUAAAAUAUGUCUUGCAAUACCAUAAUAUUUUAGCCAGUACCAUAUAUACUAGCCAGAAAAAGAAACUGUGCAUAAAUGAAAUUUCUUCUAAAUUUGAAAGUAUAACUACGAUGAAAAGUUUACAUGAAAAUUUAAUAGGUGGAUAUUGAGAUCAUAAGAAGAUGGUAGAGCAAGCAUGUUUAAUAUUCAUGACAUUGACGUCACAGGGGGCAACAAUCUCGCCAACUCAAUAACGGUAUGCCAACCAUGAGCAGCAAGAACAGCAGGGCAUCGUCGACGCAUGGGAAUGGUAGGGCUGUGGAAUGGCAUGCCAUAUCCUCUGCAACUCUGCUGCCAAAUCACGACCGUUCAUCCGUAUGAGGGCGGACAUUAUCCUCUUGGAAUGUCAAUCCUGGCCUAUGACGGGUGAGAAACGUAAUGGUCACUGGUCCGAUAAUCUGAUCUUUGUAGACCACACCUGUCAAAUGGACCUAAGCAACAACAACACGUGGACGACCUGCACGUGACCUAUUGGCAGCUUCAUUAUUGCAACGUCACGAUCAACAAUGACAAUGGGCAUGCGCGACCACCUGACGUUGAGACAUGCCCCAACGUAUCAUCCCAAUAGCUACAUGACCUUCUGCAGUCAUGAGUCAUGCCAUGAUGUGCGCACAACCGUGUUGCACGUGACCAUACCGAAUCGCCCUAGUACCUGCAUGUGUUCAAUAAAGUUGACUAUUUACUGUUUACAUGUGUAUUUGUGUACACACACGUAGUUCCAAUAUACACUGUGAUUUCCAAUAUGCACAGUUUCUUUUUGUUGCUAGUAUAUAUUCCCUCAAUACAAUUAUAUACUUUAUAUAUCGUUGUAUAUACGCUCCAUCUGUUGUCAUAGGAACAGUACCAUUGCAUUUGUCUCGGAAUGCGGGGUUUAUUUAUGUGAGUGUCACAUAGCAUAAUAUUUUUGAUUAUUCGUUACAAACAAUAUGCAUCUUCUGCCUCAGUGCAAUUGCUGCUGUUUGUGCCUUAUUUUCCAGAACCUUGUUGUCUAGUUCUUAGUAAUCAGUAGUACGUGCGACACACCUCAAAACUGAAAUAUAUCUGCAAGAGAAUAAAGAAAUCAUGCUUUGUGAUA